AUGUUAAAAAUUUAUCACAAAUUCAAACAGAUGUGGUCUCAGUAUCGCUACAGAUUCGUACCUUGGAUCGCUUUAAACUUGAACAGGUCAGCAAAAACAGUGGACAAAGGUUACAGUGAUAAAUUAAUACCAGAUGAAGCCGUCCAAGGAUCUCUAGUGAAACUGUUUAGUAAAUUUCACCAGUUUUAUCACCCUGGCCAGAGAGUGUGUCUGGAGAGGGCUUACAGAGCUCUGACUGACAGAGACCCCGCCCACAUAGCCAGCCAUAACCUACAGGCCACAAAGGACCAGUUUGGCUUCACAGUAGAGAAGGGACCAAGCACCUUGCCUCACGGGGGAAUGGGGGUAUUUGUUACCAGUGGACUUGUGCCCCAAGGAACAAUAGUGUGUUUUUAUCCAGGAACAGUGUACUAUCCACAUGAAGCGAUUUUAUUCCAGAGCAUAGGAAAUACAUUUAUAUUCCGCUGUAUUGAUGGUGUGCUGAUUGAUGGAAAUGACAGGUCUCUCUCAAGGAUGAUAUUCAAAUCAUGUUCUCAAAGAGAUAGACAGGGUCCAUUUGAUACAUGUGACUGGUCAUGGAUGACCAAUUACCCCCAGAAUCCUCUGGCUAUAGGCCAAUACGUCAACAAUCAUAACAAAGAAUUCCCCUCUAAUGUGGCCUAUCAAGAGUAUGAUGUACCUGUGGAUUUUCCUUUCCACCUCAAACAGUUCAUCCCCAAUGUAUUCUACUCCUCACAUAUAACAGAAGAUCAUAUGUCAUUAGAGAGGACCUUGAGAAUGGUGGUUCUGGUGUCAGUCAGGGAGAUAAAGGCCGGGGAGGAACUCUUCUCUUCUUACUUCACUGUCAUCCACUGAGGAGCCACCCAACACUGACACCACAGAAGAGGCAGUAAAAUAAACCCACAAGGAGCCACCUUACACUGACACCGCAGAAGAGGCAGUAAAAUAAACCCACAAUAAUGCACAGAGGCCCCUACAAACAUGGAACCACUACAGUGGCAACUGAUAUAAAACUAGUGAAGGGGCCACUCACAUUGAACCACUCAGGAGGCAAUCAGAAGUGGAACCACUCAAGAGCUUACUGAAAUUAAAACAUUGAGAAGGACACCAAAAUGAGCCCAAUCAGUUCGCUGGAAGGAACCACUCAGGAGGUUGCUGAAAUGUAUUAUUCAGGAGGCCACCAACAUUAAACCAUCUUAUAGUCCACUGGCAAGGAACCACCCAGGAUGCUGCUGAAUUGGUACCACUGAGGAGGCCACCAACAAGUAACCACCCAGGAUGCUGCUGAAUUGGUACCACUGAGGAGGCCACCAACAAGGAACCACCCAGGAUGCUGCUGAAUUGGUACCACUGAGGAGGCCACCAACAAGGAACCACUCAGGAUGCUGGUGAAUUGGUACCAAUGAGGUAGCCACUAUCAAGGAACCAUUCAGGAACCUGCUGAAAUAGAAACUCAGGUUACUGAAAUUACAAGCAUGUGAGUGACACUGCCACAGAAGCACUUACAAGGUGACAGUGGCCUCUGAUAUGAUUGAUACUUAUGUCAAGCCUCUGAUAUGAUUGAUACUUAUGUCAACAUUUGAAAGAAAUCCAAAGGAGAUGAUUUCAUCAGCUGGUCAGACUGGGAUGUGUGGAGUAUUAACAAUCUAGAGCAAUUAUAGUUUACCCCUAAAUCAAUUAUCCAGGAGCAAUUAGAGUUUACACCUAAAUCAAUUACCCAGGAGCAAUUAGAGUUUACCCCUAAAUCAAUUAUCCAGGAGCAAUUAGAGUUUACACCUAAAUCAAUUACCCAGGAGCAAUUAGAGUUUACCCCUAAAUCAAUUACCCAGGAGCAAUUAGAGUUUACACCUAAAUCAAUUACCCAGGAGCAAUUAGAGCUUACCCCUAAAUCAACUACCCAGGAGCAAUUAUAGUUUACCUAUAAAUCAAUUACCCAGGAGCAAUUAGAGUUUACCCACUAAAUCAAUUUCCCAGGAGCAAUUAGAGUUUACCCACUAAAUCAAUUUCCCAGGAGCAAUUAGAGUUUACCCACUAAAUCAAUUUCCCAGGAGCAAUUAGAGUUUACCCCUAAAUCAACUACCCAGGAGCCAUUAGAGUUUACCCACUAAAUCAAUUUCCCAUGAGCCAUUAGAGUUAACCCCUAAAUCAACUACCCAGGAGCAAUUAGACUUUACCCCUAAAUCAAUUACCCAGGAGCAAUUAGACUUUACCCCUAAAUCAAUUACCCAGGAGCAAUUACAGUUUACCCCUAAAUCAACUACCCAGGAGCAAUUAGAGUUUACCCUUAAAUCAAUUACCAAGGAGCAAGUAGAGUUUACCCACUAAAUCAAUUUCCCAGGAGCAAUUAGAGUUUACCCCUAAAUCAAUUACCCAGGAGCAAUUAGACUUUACCCCUAAAUCAAUUACCCAGGAGCAAUUAGAGUUUACCCCUAAAUCAACUACCCAGGAGCAAUUAGAGUUUACCUAUAAAUCAAUUACCCAGGAGCAAGUAGAGUUUACCCACUAAAUCAAUUUCCCAGGAGCAAUUAGACUUUACCCACUGAAUCAAUUACCCAGGAGCAAUUCUAGUUUACCCCUAAAUCAAUUAUCCAGGAGCAAUUAGAGUUUACCCCUAAAUCAAUUAUCCAGGAGCCAUUAGAGUUUACCGGUACCCCUAAAUCAAUUACCCAGGUUGGGUAAAAAAGAAACAGAUUUUUUAUUUUAAAAAAAUGUCACUGAUUAAUUAAAUCUUUGACACAUAAAUAUCUUGGAAUAAAGUGAGUAAUAUUCAAAAGACUAGGGAAAUGCAAAAAAAUUUUGUUGUCUGCUGUUGUUCAUUAGCUAGAUCAGAAAGCCACUUUUAGAAAUAUAAUUAAGAUUACUAUAUUUUUUGUUUGCCCCUCACAUUUGUCAUGUUGUAAUACAUGUUUAACCUAAAAGAUCUACCAGUAAUUGAAAAUGCAGGCCUUUCAAAAUCAGCUGGUACCAGGUACUUUUUACCUGGCUGAUUGUACUGGCAAGAAUAUUUGAUGGAGAAAAAUUCUGUAUCAUACUCUUCCACUAGGUACCUCCUAUUCUUCUAAUCUUUUUGAAAGCCCUGAUGAUGUAAUUUUAAAUACAUAAUUAGGAUUUCUUAUAUUUUUGUGAUUGGAUAUGAAUUUUAUUCAAUAAGUUGUGAGUUGUACUUGUGCAAUUAAGCUUUUUUGACAUCAGGAGUGGUUGAAAUUACGGACAGAAAAGCCGUUUGCUAAAGACUGCCUCUCUGUGUGGAGCGUUGGGGGCUCUCUUUCAAUGAGGAUCUUCCGAGUGUUCCUUGUUGCAUUCAAUUUGAUGGAUAUUAUCAGUCAUGGAAAUAUUGGAUAAAAUAUGAAGAGGAAAUUUGGGACUUGUUUGUUUUUAAAAAUUCUAUAAGGAAAAGGCAAUGUCACAAUUCCAAAACAUAAUGCUUAUCAUGAACUUUAAUAUUAGAAAGAAAAGUAACAUGGUUGUAAGUAUACAUAUAAGAAGAGGUGAACAAUUUAUUCAGUGAGUUAUGACUGAUAUCUCAAGUUGGAAUAAGAGUUAAAUGUGAUAAUUUUCUUAAUCAUGAGCCCUUGUAAUAAAGUUAUAUACUGUAAAUAUUUUGCAUUAUUUGAUAAAAUCCAUUUUGA